AUGUUCCAGCCUCACCCCGGUGAUCAAUUUCACCUUCGCCUUCACAGAGCACGUUCAGUUGUAUUGACGACACAAGAGCUCGUUGAGGUCAGAGCAGCUCAGCGUACCUUUGAAGGUGCCUAUGUCCGUACAGCUCUCGGCCAGUUCUCAUUCGCCCUUAUCAUCCUCAAGGUAUUCACCCAAGAGUUCUAUGCCAUCGGUGCCCUCUUUGCCGUGUAUGGGAUCGCAGUAAUGCUAGUAGCCAUAUACCGCCGAUACGAAGGCCAGAACCAGUUCUUUACUUCUGAAUCCCCGGACGGGUCACUCAAGCGGAAAUUCAGGACGAGCGGGAAUAGUGUGUUGCUGUUGACAAUGCUGAGCCUCAGUGCGUAUAUAACUUUGAUGGUUUUGACGUGGCGCCUAGUUUCAUAA